AUGAAAGCUGCAGUGAGCACAAAAAUAAGAACUAACGGACAAAGCGUAGAAUUAUUUAGUGAAAUGACCGUAUACCUGGCCCCACUGAGAACUGGAAUAAAAUCGAACAGAGUGUGCGGACAAUGCAAGUGUAUACGUGAAUUCGUCACCAUAAGCCAAUUAGACUUUACCUCGGAAGAGCACUACGGAUUCAUAAACUGUGGUAGUGACCAAUGUGCAAGAAUCGAUCCUAAAAUUGCACUAAACAGUAUCAAUAAAGUGAAGAAAUCGAAACGCGGAGGCGGUGGAAUAUUCCACAGCGCUGCGGCCGCGCCCGGCGUCGGUGCAAAGUCCAACGCUGCAGUUCCCCACACCGCACCUGCGCGCGACCACGGAGGCGCGCGUCACGUCAGCGCCGUCUCUGUUUCUGUGCCGCAGUCACGUACGCCACGAAUGUUCGAGUUCGAGGGCGUGGCCCCGCCCUGCGCGCCUCUAGGAGAGCAGAACGCGCGAGAAGCGAGUGCGCAACAGUGUGAGACGGAACCACGAUGCUCCGCCCACCGCAUCACCCCACCGCCGCGCGGUCUAACAUUGUCCACAUAA